CAGACAGACAGACAGAUGCGGUGCGGAGUGGCCCUCCCGCCUCCGGGGCCGGGAGCGGGGAAGGUCACCGGGGGCGGGCGGGGGGGGAGGCAGGGAGGCGGGCGGUGCUGCUCCCGCUGCCGCCGCCGCGGGUAUUUCGAGCGCCGGGAGCUGGCGCGGCGCGUACCUUUCCCUUUUUUGGGCUUGGGGCCGGCGGGGCAGGUUCCCGGAGCCCUAUGUCCCGCGCUCCCGCCGCCCCGCCUGCCGGCACCGGGCGGAGCCUGGCCCUCCCGCUGGCUGCUCCCCCCCUCUCUCCCGUUUUUCCCUGUCCUUCCCCUUCCUUCCCGGGACGCGGCAGGUGCAGCCGGAGGCGGAGGGAAAGGUGCAGAGCAUAAGCUUAAAUCGUCUCAGAAGGACAAGGUCCGCCAGUUUAUGGCGUUUACCCAGGCUGGUGAAAGGACUGCUAUUUACUGCUUAAUGCAGAAUGAAUGGAAACUAGAAGUGGCAACAGACAACUACUUCCAGAACCCAGACUUGUACUACAGAGAAUCCAUGAAAAAUUCAGUAGACAAGAAGAAAUUAGAGCAAUUGUAUAAUCGAUACAAAGACCCACAAGAUGAAAAUAAAAUUGGCAUUGAUGGAAUUCAGCAGUUCUGUGAUGAUUUAAGCCUGGACCCAGCCAGUAUCAGUGUCCUGGUGGUAGCAUGGAAGUUCAGGGCAGCUACUCAGUGUGAAUUCAGUAAAAAGGAAUUUGUUGAUGGGAUGACAGAGUUAGGGUGUGACACCACAGAAAAACUAAAAGCUAUAUUGCCAAGACUGGAACAAGAGCUAAAGGAUCCAACAAAGUUCAAAGAUUUUUAUCAGUUUACUUUUAACUUUGCUAAAAACCCUGGACAAAAAGGUCUAGAUCUAGAAAUGGCAAUUGCAUAUUGGAAUUUAGUCUUGUCAGGAAGAUUUAAAUUUCUAGAUCUUUGGAAUAAAUUUUUGUUGGAACAUCAUAAAAGAUCAAUUCCAAAAGAUACUUGGAAUCUUUUGUUAGACUUUGGAAAUAUGAUUGCAGAUGAUAUGUCCAACUAUGAUGAAGAAGGAGCGUGGCCUGUUCUUAUAGAUGAUUUCGUGGAAUAUGCACGACCAGUAGUCACAGGAGGAAAACGUAAAACUUCCUAACCCCAGACUUGUCAUUAUGGACUAAACAUGCAUUCUGAACUGCAUUAGGUAAUGAAGAUUUGUUAUCAGCUAACUCUGCACAUUGUUGCUGGUUUCAGUGCUUGUGACGAGAUUCUGCAGACAAAACAGAAAUUCUUCCUUUCUGCCUAAAGAAAAUGAUGGCUGACUUGUGGACACUUGAAGAACAAACUCAGAAGACAGUCCAGGCUGUUUGUAGGCUACUGGCUUCAAUUAUUGUACUGGUUGUAUCAUAUAGGAUGUAGAUUUUGCAUGAUUUUAUACUUUGGAGAAGUUUAACUAGAGGCCAUUUUAUUAAAGUUUUGACAGCACAGCAUGCCAUUCAGUUCAUGAUUCAGAGUGAACACCAGCAGUUACAUAAAUAAGACUGUAUUAUAUUGUACUUAUAUUAAAAGCAGUAUUUGUGGUAUAUAAAUUAAAUCCCUAAAUAAAA